GAACUUUUAAAUCUAACAUCUCCCUCCCCCUCCAUAAUUUGGAAUAAUAACCCAAUUUUAUCUGAAAAUUUGGCGCCUAAAUUUGAAUAAACCAACUGAAAUACCUUCUUUAACGGUCAAUUACUUCUUAAAACCAUCUUAUUUAUGCAUGUCAUCUUCACCAUUCUGCUUCAAUGGCCCCAUGUUCUUCGUGUCCAUUUCAUGCUCCCUCCAUAUUUAAACUCUGAAAGUAAGUGAAGAUCCAUGGUAUUUCAAGAUGAACCGACAAGAAGACAAACUGGGUUACUCAAUUAAUUCUUGUGUAGCGUCCGACUUCUACGAGUCUCCGAAUGACAAUGAUGGCGGUACGGGUAACAAUCGUUGGAGAGAUCGAGUGGUUAGUGUUAAUGGCAACCCUUUGCGGGUUAAUAAAGCAGAGAAAACUAGGCAAAAAUUGGUGAGCAACAACUUAUCCGAAGAAGAGUUGAAAAUAAAAAACGAGCUCGAAAUCGAAAUCGAGAACGAUUUGGAGGAGGAAAUCAAAGAGGAAAUUUAUCGUCUCGCAUUCAAACUUCAUAGAUUGUAUCAGAACAGAAAGAAAAGGGAAAACGAGCAAGGAGGAAUGCAAGAAUCAAUCGAGAAGACGAUUUCGGAGGUGAAUGUAAGUAUAAAAAUGGAGGGGGGAACAAGAAUUGAGAUCAAAGAGAUAAAGAAAAAAGAAAAGGAAUCAAGUAUUAAUAACAGGCCAAGGAGCUCAAGAUCAGAAAACAAUGGAGGAUUUCAAAGGAUGACUGUUUGUUCUCAUGGUAUUAAGAAAUUCGAUUGGAGGAAUAGCUUGAGAGCAGGAAAGUUACAAAACAAAGGUAAAAGGGUAAUUGAAUGGAGAUGGUAACUAAGAUUAAUUUUUUUUUUUUUUUUACUUACACUAAAAUUGAUUUGGUUGGAUUAACUAAAUUGGGUUUUUUUAGAAGAUUAUUGGGUAUGUUAUGAAAAUAUAAAUAUUUCAA